AUGGAUCCCGAGACCUCCAUUUCUACCGACUCGCCUGGCGUCAAGGCGGCCAGGACACAGCUCAAAUGGACAAACGACAUGGAGUUGGCCUUCAUCGCCACUAUGAAAGGUAUGCAGGGUGCUCCAACCAAGACUGUCCCAUCUGGCUUCACAAAAGAAGCAUAUAAACGCGUCGCCGAAAUUAUGAAGGCAAGGUCUAUGCAACCAGACCUUUGCGACGAUAUCCGUAUGAAGAACAAGCUUGGUGCUUUGAGGAACGACUGGCGAACCUACGUCAAUCUCUUGAAUACCGGAUGGUCACGUCUACCAAAUGGCGUACCUACAAACACCGAUGAAGUGCUCGAGAAUUACUACAAAGAGCAAGACCCAAAUGCCAGGAAAUUCAGGGCAGCUCCGUUGAGACACUUUGCAGAGUUGACCGACCUUUUCGACCCUAAUCAAGAAGAGUCUUCGAACUCUCCAUCUACGGCUCGGAGCUUGAUACCUGAUGCUCGCCAAUCGGUCAAACUACCACAGUCACCCUACGAGUCUACGAUGCCACAACUUCAGGACCAUCUGCCAACCCAGUCUCGUGAAGAAAGCACAAGCCUCAUAUCUGAGCAUCUGAAUCACAGACAUCUAUAUACCCCUCACACAGCUCUCUUAUCCUCGAAGAGACCUGCUGAAGCCAGCCUAUCCAACCAGGCAAAACGUAUCCUCCUAGGCGAGUCACCACCAUCACAAUCACGACCUUCAGAUACUUUACGAGCCUACUAUGGCAACACCUCUCAAAUAUCUCCAGUAGCGGCAGCAACUGCUCUCUUCCAAUCAACGUUUUCAUCCCUGCCAGUUAUGCAAAGAGUGGCCGCUGUAAAGCGAUUUCAGGAUCAAAACCUUGCUGAAGUUUUUUUACAUACUGAUCCGGAAGUACGUGAGGCCUUGGUUCGUGGGUGGAUCAGGGAUGCGAGCAUUCUGCUAUAG